AGGCUGGUAAGGCCAUUAUAUCGAAUCAAUUUGUUGAGAUGACCCGCACACGUAUCGAAGGACUUUUGGCCGCUUUUCCAAAGCUUAUGAACACAGGAAAGCAACAUACUGAAAGUGUUCGGUAUGUUUACCAACCCAUGGAGAAGCUCUACAUGGUUCUUAUCACUACCAAGAACAGCAACAUCCUGGAGGACCUUGAAACACUCAGACUGUUCUCAAGGGUGCAGAAGAGGAAGCUGAAGAUAAUGAUGAAGCUCCAACAAAUGAAGAAACAGCUCCUCCCGCUGAAGAACAGCAAGUCCCUGAAGAGGAGGAGAAAGAAGAGGGAGCAGAAGUAGGAGGUUCUGCAGAAGAACAUCAAACCCCUGGAAUGGAGGAGAAGACGACGGAGGAGCAAUCUCCUGCAGUGGAGGAGAAAGAGGAGGGAGUUGAUGGUGAAGAAGAGAUCAUCAAAGAUCCUCUGGUGGAGGAGAGGCCGACCCUCCGAAAACAGUUGAAGGCCAUCAUGAAGAG